AGUUUGAAAGGGAGAAAAAUGAUGGCUUUUCUAUAAUUUCUCUCUACUCUAGCUGUAGUCCAGCCAGUCUUUGUUGAUCUGUGUGAGAACCAUCUUUUCUCAUUUCUAAUGGUUUUCUUCUUUUUUCCCGCUUAACCGCCUUUAAGAAAUCUUGAAUUUCGCCUAGCAAAUCGGUCUAAUGCAUUUUAAAAAAAAUAAAUUUAAAUUUAUUUAUUUGUCAUAACAUCAUACAUAAGCAUAAGCAUGAAGCAACAGUAGGACAGGAACGGUAGGCACGUUUGUGCUCUUAUGCACGCCCCUUACAGAGCUCUUAGGAAAGGGGUGAGGUCAAUAGUAGACAGUUUUUGGAAAAAAGCUCAACGGCUGUGAUUUUUUUAGACAUGUUUUUUUAAGUAUAGAUAGAAUAGAAUAGAGUUUUUUAUUGGCCAAGUGUGAUUGGACACACAGAAGGAAUUUGUCUUGGUGCAUAUGCUCUCAGUGUACAUAAAAGAAAAGAUAACUUCAUCAAGAAUUCUAAGAAACAAGCCAGUCCAAUUUUGUUGGAAGUGUACUUAAGGAUUUCACUAUGGCUGCGGAGUUGGAUUUUUCACCCCCUGAAAUCCCAGAGCCCACCUUUAUGGAGAACAUCUUGCACUAUGGCCUUUUCUUUGGUGCCAUUUUCCAGCUUAUUUGUGUUCUGGCGAUAAUCCUCCCUGUUCCAAAGACAUAUAAAAUGGAUACUGAAAGCUUUGAAACGAAAAGUGCUGAAGUAGUCAAGAAACCCAAAAUUGCUGCUAUCUCAGUGAACAAGAAGCUCAAAAAAGAAACAAAGAAGAAACGAUAAAAUGAUAUCAUGAUGACAUUUUCACAGCAACCAUAUGGCAACAAGUCAAAUUGCAGUGACACUGCAAAUAUAUUUGAUGAAGCUGUCUUUAUUCUGAGUUUCAGGAAGUAGAUAACACUUUCUAAAAUGGCUCCAGGUUUAUUGUUUUACCUGAUCUGUAAUAAAUAACCUGUAAGGUUAGUGAGAAAUAUCUUACAGUUUGGUUCAGUAACUGGAAAACAAUCUUUUUGGGGGGGGCAAUGUUUGAGGGACAACUGGAUCAUAGACAUGUCCCACCACAUCACUCUUUUUAAUUUUUUAAACAGAGGGAUUGAACACUCUACUACUCUUGUAUGUUAUUAAUAUAAUUGGUUAUAUUAUUAUCCUUUCAUUUUCUUUUAUUAAAAAAACAGUCCUAAUAACUGUGUCUGAAUUUAGCUUUCUUUGAAUUUGAGAAUUCUUUGACGUUUUACUGUUUCCCUAUUCUUGGGUAUAAUAAACCAAGUUGUUCAAAUUCUCUUUACACAUAUUGGACUGAAUAAAUGAAAACUGUGAUUCCCAAUCAAUAAAAGAUGAACAUUUCCGU